AGGACGAAAUCCUCACCUUUGUUUGGGAGGUUUUCGUGGUUGUCCACCUCUACUUCCCAAUUCUCAUCCCUCUUUCUUUUUUUACUUCUUUUCUUUCUGCUCUCCAGAAAAUGAUCCAAAUGGUAUCAUUCUCCCUUGGAGUCGACCCACCAUCUUUCUCCUAAUUAUAUUUGUUUUCCUCCCAUACUGUUGCAUCCAUGCCUGAUUAUUUUCAAGAAUAUUUGUUGGUUCCUCUCAUCUUUGCACUUCCUGCUCUUUGAGAAGACUUUUAUCCGUUUUGAUAGGCAGAGAAGUGUGUACCACGAUGAAGGGGUCUUUCAAAGCUGGAUUCAAAUACAUCUCCAACAUUUUUGUGAAGGAUCGUGAGAUUGAGAUUGAAAUUGGAGGACCAACAGAUGUUAAGCAUGUUGCUCACAUUGGGUGGGAUGGUCAAGCUGGUAUUGCACCUACUUGGAUGAAUGAAUUCAAAGCAGGGCCAGAUUUUAUAUCUCCAAAAAUGGGCAAUUCUGCCCAUGGGCUUUCUCCAUGGUCUUCUCAAGAUAUUGAAGAAUCAAUGACACUGCAAUCAGGAUCUGAUAUUUGCAAUGAGAUGACACAAUCUAGAGAGGUUCCUUGUGGUGUUAAGAAACAGAAAAGAAAGAAACUCAAAUCAAGCACUUCGUCUACAUCAAGGUCAACCCGCUCAACGAGAACAAAGAUGAAAUUACCAGAAGAUGACCCGAAGCCAAUGAAAAUAGAAGUGGCCACAUACUAAUUUUUAGAGUUGAGCUAACUUUGACAAAAAUCACUUGAAAGUCCUUGACAGGAAAAGUAAACUUUGAAGAGAGCAAGAGCAGGAAGGUUUAGAACAAGGAUAUAUUAAUUUGUAAACUCUAGAGGUCUGAUAAAACAGGGGGAGAUGCAAAAAUCAUUAACAAAUGAAAAAAUCAUCUUAUUUUUCUUUUAGUUUUUUGUUUGUUUUGUUCUAUGAUUCUUGUUAAUUGGUAUAACGACAAGGGAAAGUCCAUGUAAAAAGCUGGAUUAUAUUUAGACUGUGGUACUGUAAAGUGUGCUAAUUAUGGGUUGUUAUUGUUAGGGUUUAAUUUUUAUCUUGACGCUGAUUAGUUUUCUCUUGAUUUUGUGCUUACUUAUGCAAGCAACUGAAUUGAUGUUAGCUUUCUUGUUUUGGCUAAUUUCUUCCUAUUCA